UUCAAUGUGCAAGAAAAUGAAUAGGAAAAGACCAAGACUUUCGCAAAAAGCCGUCCAAACUUUGGAGUACUUGUUCCAGAAAACUCCUUACCCAACGGACGAGGAGAUACAGUUUGCGUCAGAAGAUAGCGGUGAAAGUGUUAAACGAGUAAAGACAUGGUUUAUAAAUCGAAGAACAAAGGCCGUAGCUGAGCUUUCUGGUAGGGGGAAGCCGUCUAAGCGACGAUCGACCAUUCAUCAAGCUUCACAGAGACCCAAACGAUCUAAAACAUGUAUGGAAUGGAAAAGAACCCACGAAGAGCAGCUUGUCUCCAUAAAUAUACCGUCAGCAAGUUCCCCGGGCAAUGCUACCAUAAGUAAUGUAUCAAAUAAGAAACAGACUAGUGUACAUUUUCCCUGCAGAAGAAACCGAGUGACUUCCGGUGUAGUGGACGAUCGUCUGUUGGCACGUUAUGCUGAAAUGAUAGAAGAUAAAGAGUACCACGAGAUGAUGUAUGAUUCCAGUUAGUGAAUGGACCAAUGUGGCAUAUCCCUCUCUGGAUAAACGAAACAUUUACUUUGUUUUGAAGUUGUUUUUUUUUUAAUGUUUGAGUGUAUGUGUUUUGCAGGCUCCAAUUAGGGACAUAAUACGUCUCUGUUCCAAAAUUGAUUAAAUCCGUCACGAAAUCUUUUCUUAUGAAGUGAUAAUAAUGUUAACGUUAUAGUGUAGAGAGAGCAUAUCUAGCAGACUGCUCUAGUCCAUAAUUACCUCGACCUUGCAGUUCUAAUUAAACUUCAUUUCUUUCGAGUAA